AUGCAGCUGGUACCAGGCUUACCAAUCGCCAUAGAAACUUCUGGUGGAAGGAGAGCAGAUCUGAAGGUGUUAGUGGUUCUGAGAGGAACUGGUGAUAGUGAGUGUAAACAUUCAUGUCCAGUGCUUAAUAUGCCAGUGUGUGCAGUGCUGGGAUGUGCUAGAAAGAGAGAACUUACAUACAGAAUACCACUUGAAGAUCUGGAGAUGUGUAGAGAAUGGCUAGCUGCUCUGAAGAACCCCGAUUAUAACGAGAACACACCAGCAGAUCUUCUGAAGAACAUCCGUGUGUGUUCCAGACACUUCAGAGCUGAAGAUUUCAAACCUGAUCUAAUGUUCGCACUCAUGGGAACCAAGUCCAGACCUGAGCUGAAAGAAGACGCGGUGCCUUCUGUACUACUGAGUACUGUUACUGAUGAAAUAUUACUCUCAAAAACACCUUCACCAUGUAAGAAAGCUCGAGCUGAGGAAAACACACCCAGGAAAAACUAUACAAAGGAGGCUGUAGCGUGUGCCCUCAGCGAAUUAGAAGAAGGAGGAAGUUAUAGAAAAGUAGCCAUUAAAUAUGGCAUUCCACACACGACCCUUCGGGAUUAUAAGAAAAAACGCUAUGCACACAACCCUCACCCGAACCGAGCCUUGACACCGGAGGAGGAGGAUGCACUGGUCACUUACAUAGUCUGGAUGAGCGAGCAUGGCUUUCCGGUCACCGGGGCAGUCGUAAAAGACCUCGCGUUGACUGUCAUCAAGUCCAGUCAGCGGACCACCCUGGUGAAUCUGGACAAAGGUUUGAGCAGCAUGUGGUGGAGCAGAUUCCGAGCCCGCCAUCCUGAGAUCACCUCUCGAACGCCAGGCACGUUGGAUCAGUCCGAGGUCCACAGACCUUUACCUCAGGCCAUAGACGGACUAUUCGCUAUAUGUAAACUGCUCUACCAGAAGCACAACCUGGAGGAGAAGCCGCACCUCAUCUUCAACUGUGGUGAGACGGCGUUUGUGGACAAACCCGGGGCCAAAGAGCAUAUAACCGUGCACUACUGUGUUAGUGCUGCUGGAGAAAGCAUCCCACCUUUUGUAAUUUACCCCAGGUGUCUCCCCAGCGCAUCUUAUGCACAGGAUGGGCCAACCAAUGCCAUCUACGGUGUUUCCCCCAAGGGACUCAUGGAGGGAGAACUCUUUUUGGAAUGGCUUGACCACUUCAUAAAAUUUGCUCCUGCCGAGAGACCCCUUCUCCUCUACCUGGAUCAGAACGAAUCCCACGUGUACAAAGAGGUGGUGGACUUCUGCAGCGGCAACGGCAUCGAGGUCGUGUGUCUACCAGCACACGUCUCCCACCUCCUGCAGCCUCUAGACGUGGCAGUGUUCGGAGCAUUAAAGACGGCGUUCACCGCCGUGGCAUUAAGGACUGGUGGAGACAUGGUGGACGGGAAGCGCCAGUUCUCAGCAAUCCUGAAGGAGGCUUUUCAGGAAGCUGUGACAGCAGACAACAUUAAGGAGGGCUUCAGGAUUACCGGCCUCUUUCCUCUGAGCAGGGAAGCUGACAACAUUUCCAAGGCCAUUGCUGUUGAUACAGGUUCCUCAUCGAUGCUGUGUUCGAGUUUCAGCAGAGACCAAGACCAGAAGGUUUUAGACGAGCUCCCAAUCCUACUGACCAGUCCUGAAAGGUCAAAACAAAGCGAAAACUCGACUGGUGCAGUUUAUUACGCCAGACCAGUCGUACAAGCAAAAGUCAAUCACAUAAAGGACCAGGACUGUAUCCUGAAUGAUGACUCAGAAUCUGACAUUUUGAAUGUGUCUUCUAAGAAUGACAAUCCACCUUCUGCAUCCUCUACAUAUUCUGAUACAGAGGAGAAAUCAUCGCCUCAAGAUGACAAGAGCCUUGAACUUUAUCACGGAUCGAGCAUUUUCAAGAGUGGUGAGGUGCUGGUGAACACACAGUGUCUGAUGGAGCUCUUCAGGUUUUGCUCCGUGUGUCUGGUCGAGUGCUGCGUGAGCAUCGAAGGUCACGAGAAGCUGUUCUCGGUCACCCAGGCCUGCCAGAGCUGCGGGUACCACAGGGAGUGGAGCAACCAUCCCAUCCCUGCUGAUAAACCCACGGAGAACGUCCAUGACGAAGACGGCAGCGAGGAGGCGGAAGCUGAAGAUCCCGUGAACGAUGGGAGCGGUGAGGAGGUUGUCUCACCAAACAACGAGAGCAGAAACCAGAGUUAGAAGCGAACGUUCACUGGAACUGAUGGAUGUAUUUAUCCAGUGCUGAUGAAAGCAUCAGACCUGGUGGAAAAUAAGGAGCAGAAAGCAAAGAGCGAGUCUGUCUCCUUCAUGGAUCUCUCCAAGACCUCGUGGCUUUGGAGAGGAGAAAUCAACUUGUUAGACGGAUGCUUAGCUCUGCCUGUUCUCACUGUGCUGUUCCCAGUCAGACGUGCUGAGUAGGAGCAUGAAACUAAACCAGUCCAUGAACCACCAGAAAAGUGGCAAGUUUGUUCUAGUAGAUGCCAAAUGAAUGUGAACGCAAGACCAAACAUCAUGAUUCAUCUUUCGGGACUAGUUUACUCUGGUCACGGCCGUGUUGGAUCACUGGGGAAUACACCCUGGACAGGGCAGCAGUCCAUCACACAGCCACUCGCACCCUGGGGUAGUAUAGAUUAGCCGGUCCACCUGUUUACAUUUAACGUUUUCGGCAUUUAGCAGACGCUUCUAUCCUUGCAGUUAUGACUGAAUGAGGGUUAAGGGCCUUGCUCAAGGGCCCAAAAGUGGCAACUUGGUGGUGGUGGGUCUUGAACUGGCAACCUUCUGAUUACUAGUCUAGUACCUUAACCACUGAGCUAUCACUGCCCGCUGCUUACCACUGGAGAUGCUCCGACCCUGUCGUCCAGCCAUCACAGUUUGGCCCUUUCAAACACACUCAAAUCCUCACUAACAGGUUCUGUGAUGAUGAGAUAAUCAGUGUUAUUCACUUCACCUGACAGCGGUCAUAAUGUUAUGCUUGGUCGGUGUAUAUGAAACCCAGAGAGAAGAGGGUUCUGAGGAGGCGUGGAAGACCAAACAUGAGAUGAAUGGGUGUGGUCAGGGAUGAUUAUACAGGUGGUUAGUGUGACAGAGGAGGAUGUUCAGGACAGGGCAAGAUGGUUGCAGCUGAACCUCUGAACCGGUCCUGAUGUGGGAUCAGUAUGGGAAGUAUUUUAAUCAGCGUUUCUCUCUCAAGAACUCCAACCUGGCACUUCUUGUGAGUUGACUCAGAUGAAGAGUUGAGUUUAGGGGUGAGUUAUUGUAUAUUGCCACACUUUAGGUGGCAAGUGGACCCAAAACUGGCAGCACAGUACUGCCCACACCAUAACAGAGCCAUCCGAUUGGAAUACGUGGAAUACAUGAAACCCAAAGAAGAGAGGGUGCUGCAGAAGAGAGGAAGGCCAAACAUGAUCUCAAUGGGUGUGGUCAGGGAUGAUUAUAUAGGUUAGUGUGACAGAGGAGGAUGUUUAGGACAGAGCAGAAUGGUUGCAGUGUUUCUGUCUCAAGAACUCCAAGCUCUGGUACGUCUUGUGAGUCGACUCAGAUGAAGAGUUGAGUUUGGGGGGGUGAGCUACAGUAUAUUGCCACACUUUAGGUGGCAAGUGGACCCAAAACUGGCAGCACAGUACUGCCCACACCAUAACGGAGCCAUCCGAUUUCCUCACUGUGGGUUGGAAACCUUUGAGCCUGUCCAUCCUCUUGGUGUAUGCUUAGUACACAUGCUGGAAUGGGUGUGGUCGGGGAUGAUAAUACAGGUGGUUAGUGUAAGAGAGGAGGAUGUUCAGGACAAGGCGAGAUGGUUGCGGCUGAACCUCUGAACCGGUCCUGAUGUGGGAUCAGUAUGUAAAGUAUUACUUCUUGGGAGUUGGAGAGCGGAGAGCAGAGUUGUGGGUCUAUGGUAAAACUUUGGACUGCGGUUGCCCAGUUUGAUUUACUCUUGGUGGAACAGCAGACGAUGAAGCUACAACAUGAACUUCUACAACCUUUCAAGGAAUCAUGCACCUUAUAGAGGCUUAAUAAUAAUAAUCUGAUAAUCAUGUGUGGUAACCAAGAUAACGAAAUAUUUUGGAGCUGCUGUCAUGGGUCAGUAUGUAAUUAAUGUCAUUUUAUUUAACCUUUUAUUGUUCUGAUUGUUGACAGGAGUGUUUUACUGCUUUUAGAAGAACUCACGGCUUCAGAGUCGCUAAAGUUAAAUGUAUUUUAUUGACUGUUAAAAUGUGAAAUAUUUAAAAUGAGACUAUAAAUACAGUAUAUUAUAUUGAUAUUUUAAGCCUGUGGUGCUGUCGUGUUUCAACACAGCUCAGAUUUCAGAU